AUGGCCGGUGCUAUUGAGUUCGUCGACGGCGGGACCAUAACAACUCCCAAGGGCUUCGUUGCCGGGGCCACCUAUGCCGGGCUGAAAACUUUCGCCGAGGACAAGCUGGACUUGGGAAUCCUUUUCUCCGAAGCCCCCUGCAACACGGCGGGCGUCUUCACCACCAGCACCGUCAAGUCCCCCGGCGUAACCAUGGACAAGGAACGACUGGCCCAGGGCAUCCCCAUGCGAGGACUCAUCGUCAACGCGGGCAUCGCCAACACCUGCGUGGGCGAACAGGGCUAUAUCGACGCCAUCGAAAUGACCGGCCUGGCCGCCAGCAAGACCGGUGUUACUCCCGAAGAAGUCCUGGUGUGCAGCACCGGCGUAAUCGGGGUGGAACUGCCUAUGUCUCUCAUUCGCGAAGGCGUUGGCCAUAUAGACCUGGACGGCCAGGGUGGCUCGGACUUGGCCAGGGCGAUAAUGACCACCGACACCCGUCCCAAGGAAACUGCGGUUACCUUUGAACUGGACGGGCGACAGGUUCACUUGGGAGGCAUCGCCAAGGGUUCCGGAAUGAUUCACCCCAACAUGGCCACCAUGUUGUCCUUCAUUGCAACGGAUGCGGCGGUAGAACCCGGGUUCCUGCAGUCCACUCUUAGUGAAAUAGCCGACGUCACCUACAAUAUGCUGACCAUUGACGGCGACAGCAGCACCAACGAUACGGUGCUGGUGAUGGCUAACGGCGUGGCGGGAAACGCUCCGGUUACCGCCGGCUCGCCGGACGCGGAUACAUUUACCGAGGCCCUGCGCCAGGUCUGUACUCAUUUGACCCGAGAGUUGGCCCGGGACGGCGAGGGGGCCUCCCACCUGAUCGUGGUUGAAGUGGCCGGCGCUGCCAAUACUACCGAUGCCCGCAAUGGCGCCAAGACGAUUGCCUCGUCCAGCCUGGUCAAGUCUGCGGUUUUUGGCACCGACCCCAACUGGGGCCGGGUGCUGGCCGCGCUGGGCCGCAGCCGUGCGGAAGUCGACGAGGACAAGAUAGACCUCUUCAUCAACGGUGUGUGCAUUAUGGAGGCGGGCAAACCCAUACCUUUCCACCGGGACGCGGUGGUGGCGUUGAUGAAGCGGCCCGAGGUAACUUUCCGGCUGCAACUUCACCUGGGAGACGGCGAAGCCACUGCCUGGGGCUGCGACCUGACCGAGGAAUACGUCAUCAUCAACAGCGCCUACACGACCUAA